GACCCCUCCCUGGAUGAGAAAGAGAAAGAGAGAAGGGAGGGAAGGAGGGAGAGGCAGCCAUCAGGUGAUCUGUGUCGCGCAUCCGGGAAGGUAUAAAAGUCCCUUUGGGGCCAAGCAGCCUCAAAUCCCAGCUGCAGGGCCAGGACACCCAGUCAACCCACACUUGCUCUUUUUGUCUUCUGCAGACCACACCAUGGGGCUCAGCGACGGGGAAUGGCAGUCAGUGCUGAAUGUCUGGGGCAAGGUGGAGGCUGACCUUGCUGGCCACGGGCAGGAAAUCCUCAUCAGGCUCUUUACAGCUCAUCCUGAGACUCUGGAGAAGUUCGACAAGUUCAAGAACCUGAAGACCCCAGACGAGAUGAAGGCUUCCGAGGACCUGAAGAAGCACGGUGUCACUGUGCUCACCGCCCUGGGGGGCAUCCUCAAGAAGAAGGGGCAGCACGAGGCGGAGAUCAAGCCCCUGGCCCAGUCGCACGCCACCAAGCACAAGAUCCCCGUGAAGUACCUGGAGUUCAUCUCCGGGGCCAUCAUCCAUGUUCUGCAGAGCAAGCAUCCCGGGGACUUUGGCGCUGAUGCCCAGGGAGCCAUGAGCAAGGCCCUAGAGCUGUUCCGGAAUGACAUCGCUGCCAAGUACAAGGAGCUGGGGUUCCAGGGCUAAGCUCCUGCAGCCCCAUCCCCCCCACACCUGGGCCCCAGACCCAGGGAGUGGGGGCUGAGUCUCAUGUAGCCAUGUAGAGUUUGCUUUUGAGUGUCUGCUUGGUUUAUGAGGGGUGGGCAGGAGAGGCUGAGGGGCUGGGAGUGGGAUGUUCAAGUUGACUCCACAUACCUGACAAUGGGGCUCCCUGCAGAACGUCAUCACCCCAGGAACAGGGAGACGUGUGGUCCUUUGUCACUGUGGCCUGCACGGUCUGGGUCAGACCUGGUUCUCCUUUGCUCUGCAUCCCAACCUAACUCCUUCCAACCUCCAAACUGACUCUAACCCCAAACCCAGCCCAUUAGCUGAGCCCUGGCCAUCGUCACUCUCUGAUUCAUCGCCGGCCACAGCAAAGGCAACAGAAUGUUCCCUUGGGCGGAGGAGGAGAGCUGGGUGGGGCUGGACCACCAGGGCGGCGGCCAGGUAUCUGGAACAUGCUUGUGCCUUCUCAGGUGUUGGGGUGACUCACCUGGUUUUAAUAAACCCCCUGCAACAUCUCA